AUGGAGGCGGUGAGCGUGGUUAAGGUAAGCCGGAUAUCGGCGGCGGCGGAAGAGGGGGCGCCGCCGAGGAAGCCCAUCAGCCUCACUUUCUACGACACGUUCUGGAUGCCGCUGCCGCCGAUCCAGCGGCUGUUCCUCUACCUGACGGAUCUCCCCGCCGCCGCCGUCGUGGAUAGGUUCAAGGCCUCCCUCUCCCUCACUCUUCCCAGGUUCUAUUCCCUCGCCGGCAAGCUCGACUACCUCCCCGAGGUCGACGACGUGGUCAUUGCCUUCUCCGCCGACGACGGCGUCGACCUCGUGGAGGCGCUCUGCGAGGGCGGUGACCUCCGGCGGCUGGUCGACGCCGCCGACCACGACGUGGAGAUGUUCAUGAAACUGGUGCCGGUGACCGACGUGAAGGAGCUCCCGGCGCCGGUGUUCACGCUGCAGGUGACUGAGUUCCCCGGCCAGGGAGUGGCCGUCGGCUUCUCCGUCCACCACCUCGCCAUCGACGGCAAGGCCGUGUGGCAGUUCAUCGAGGCCUGGACGGCGGAGUGCCAGCGCCUCGCCGGCGCCGCCGUGCAAGUCACCUCCCCGGCGGCGAUGCUGAUGAACCGCUCCGUCCUCGACUUUCCCGGCGCCGUUCAAGUCGCCAAGCACUACAGAGAUCUCCUCACUCCCAACCUCCCCAGUGUAAGCAAGAGCUCUCUCUCUCUCUCUCUCGCUCUCUUUCUCUUUCUCUCUCUGACGACAUUAGAAUGGGGUGUCUAUGUGCAGUUGCGGAACGAAAAGCUGCCGAUACCGAGGGACGACGGGCUGAAGGCAGCGCGGAGGACCUUCACCCUGAGCGCCGCUGCGGUGGAGGCCCUGAGGGCGGAGGGAGCCGGCGGCGGGGGGGCGGCGCCGCCGACGGCGUUCGUGGCCCUCGCGGCACACGGCUGGAUCAGCGCGCUGAAAGCGAAGCUCGUCCCCGCGGACGAGCAAGACGCGGCCCUCUGCUUCUUCCUCGACCUUCGUCCCCACCUGGACCCUCCCGUCCCCGCGAACUUCUUCGGCAACUGCCAGAAACCCUGCGCCGUCUACGCCAAGGCGGCGGACCUCCUCGCCGCCGGCGGCCUCAAGGUCGCCGUCGCCGCCAUCGAGAAGGAGAUCGCUGCCUGCCUCAAGGACCCGCUCGUGGACAGCAAGUCCUGGCUGGAGAAGCUCUUCAAGCUCCCCCGUCCCCGCCGCGUGGGCGUGCAGGCAUGGCCGGACCUUCGGGUCUACGAGACGGCUGACUUCGGGUUCGGGCGGCCGGCGAGGGUGGAGCUCGUCUCUAUGAACCACGACGGCGACGUCGUGCUGGUGGCGGCGAGGGAGGAGGAAGGCGGCGUACAGGCCUCCGUCGCCCUCUCCGCCGUCUACAUGGACGCCUUCGCCGCCCUCUUCGUCGCGCCGCGCGAGUGGGACCCACUUGCAUUUGAGAAAUAA